UGGGCGGAUAUGUUCCUGCGCCCAGAUUAUCUCGGCUGCUUGCGGAAUGAGGGCAUGGCUACAGUACUGCGAGAUCGCCCUUUUCGCUCUGUAUCGUGGCGUCUCUUCCUUGGUGCUCUGCCUGAGGACCAGACGGCCUGGGCCAAAAGGCUCAAAGACGCGCGUCGCAGCUAUCACGAAAAGGCUGCCAGCGCCGCCAGCGACCCGCGCGGUGCCGCACAGCGAGACCUGCCGCCCAACAUGCAUCACCCGCUCACCGAAGAAUCUGCCAGUGCCUGGUCCACCUACUUUGAAGACUUGGAGCUUCGUGACGUCAUACGUCGUGACGUGACUCGAACAUUUCCGGAGGAACACUUUUUCGAGGAUCCUGAGAUUCAAGAGCUUAUGAUCCGCAUGCUCUUCACCUAUUCCAAGCUGAACAGCGAUGUCAGCUAUCGACAAGGCAUGCAUGAGCUCCUGGCGGCCCUUCUCUUGGUACUGGCCAAGGAGGCAGCUGUGGUACACCAGCAUCCCGAUUUGGAGGCCCAACUCCGGCUGGUUCUGGAUCCAACCUUUAUUGAGGAGGAUACUUAUGACCUCUUUGAGCACUUGAUGAUCGACAUGAAGCCUUUCUUCUUCAGCGACCAGUACCGUCGGCCUGAAGCCCACCACCGGCAGACCAACACGGUCAGUUUGCCCGCCACGCAAACACCUAUCGUUCCUGCCUCCCUGAUCAGAAUUGCCAUUUUCUCACGCCUUUUUGGGUACGGCUUGCUUGGCAAGGCCGAGCCUACUCUGCUGCAGAAGCUUCGCAAACUUGACAUUCCACCCCAGAUUUACGGCUUACGAUGGAUUCGGUUGCUCCUCUCGCGCGAGUUCUCCUUGGCUGAUACAAUGAUCAUUUGGGAUGCACUCUUUGCGGUCAAUCAAAACCUUGAGCUGAUCGACUACCUUUGCGUGGCCAUGCUGACAUACAUUAAGGAC